AUGAACAUGAUCUUGAAAGCAACUGGAGUGGCCCUCCUCAGUAUCAUACCUUACGUUCAGGCAUAUCCUGUCAGUGCCUUGAAACACUCGCCUAAGACUCCAUUCUUUGUUCUAGCGGGUGAUAGCACCACAGCAACUCAAUCCUCAAACGGAGGAGGGUGGGGAGACGGAUUUCUCGACACAGCCCUUUUUAAAGGAGCAUCUGGUCGCAAUUUCGGUCACAAUGGUGCAACUACUGUCAGCUUCCGAGAUGGAGGUGAUUGGGAUGAGGUUUUAACGACUGUGAAACAAGUUCGAGACGACUAUCAUCCAUUUGUGACAAUCCAAUUUGGCCACAACGACCAAAAGCCAGCUGCAAACAUCUCACUGUCACAAUACACCAGCAAUCUUGAAAGAUUUGUGUCUGAGGCUUCUGAUGCUGGGGCUACACCCAUUCUCGUCACUCCUCUGUCUCGGCGCAAUUACGAUGACUCAACAGGGACACCGAGUAUCGUCAUGAGUCUCGCCAAUGAGACCAUGGCUGCCAUAGCUGCCGCCCAUCAUUCCUCUGCUGCCUAUAUUGACCUGAAUGAAGCGAGCACCCGGUACCUCAAUGCGAUCGGACCAGCAAAUGCUUUCACAUACAACCUCAAUCCAUCGGACAAUACCCAUUUGAACGCGCCGGGAAGUGUUCUCUUUGGAGGAAUUGUGGCCGAACUAAUUAGCCAGAAAUUUGACAAUUUGGAAAAAUCUGGAUAUCUGCGCGUGAAUCGUAAACUCAAGAAGAAUGUUGAUCGUGGGAUCUAUUACUGGCCUUGA